AUGGCCACCAGCUCCACUUGUUGCCACACCCAGGAGAACCUCUUAGCAUAUUGUCCAACUCCUGCUUUAGGGACGCUGCUGGCACAGGACACCGAGGACACCCUGAGAUGCCCCAGGACCAGGGACGCGUGGAAGCGGCGCCCGGCCACCAAGCUCGUGUUCUCCUCCUCGCUGCUGCGCGUCCACCGGCCCUGGCUCAGCCCGCACCUCGAGGCCGUCCUGCCGCCCUCGCUGCUCCUCUCGGACGACCACGAGGAGCAGAACAAGCUGCUGGGCGUGCGCUGCCUGCACCACAUCGUGCUGCACGUGCCGGCCGCCGAGCUGCGCCAGUACAACAGGGCGCAGGUCGUGUACCAUGCCCUCUACAACCACCUCUACUCGCGAGAGGCGCCGCUCAUUGAGGCGGUGCUGCUGUGCCUGCUGGACCUGCUGCCCGUGCUGGAGGGAGCCCGGCAGCCCCAGAGGGAGCCGUGGGCGCCGGCCCCCUGCGACGAGGUGCUGCGCCUGCUGCUCACGCACAUGGAGGCUGAGCACCGGCUGCCGCUGCGGCGCGUCUGCGCGCGCGCCCUGCCCGCCUUCGUGCAGAGGCUCGGCAUCCACAUAAGCCGCCACCUCCAGAGGCUCGAGCGGGUUGUCCUGGGCUACCUGGAGGUCUCCGAUGGCCCCGGCGAGGAGGCCCGGCUGGCGGCCCUGGAGACGCUGCGCUGCGCCAUAGAGCACGCCUGGCCCAGAAUGCCCUGCAGGCUCCCCACGCUCCUCAAGGCGCUGCUGAGGCUGCUCUGGGACGUGCACACGGAGCAAGGGCCGACGCCGGAGCCCGUGAAAGCCGCCUUGCUGCAGGCAGCCACCGACUGCCUCGUGCUGCUGGACCGGUGCUCUGAGGGGCAAGUGAAGGUGCUGCUGGAAGGGGUGUACAAGAGCUGUGAGGAAGGCCGCGUCCGGGAGUGCAUCAGGAAAGUGCGAGAGACGCCGUGAGGAGGGGCUGCUCC